UUUUCCUUUAAAGAAAGUAAUUUGUCUCCCCCACAAGGACGACGACAGUCUCUUUCUCUCCGUCGGACCCGGUCUAUCCAUAAAUUACCCUCCUUUUUUUCCUUCUCAGCUCUUCCUUCUCCUUCUUUUUUCUCACCCUCCUUCCCCAUCUCUCUCAAUCUCCCUGUGUCUUUAGGGUUUUGAUUCCCAACCAAUAUCUUAAAAGAAAGUGUCUGUCUUGUGUUUUGUUGCAAACAAAUGACAUCUGUCAAGAACAACUUGUUACCUCCUGGCCUGGUUUCCAAUCUACAACAAGUACUGUUGAGCAGAAAAGGUGGAGGAGGAGGAGAAGAAAAAGGAAGUGACCUAUCAAAUGAUGAUAAUGAUCAAUCAACAGAGUCAUCUACUUCUGCUUGUGUUGAAAACACUGAAGAGGAAGACAACAAUAAUUCAAAGCCUGUUGUUUUGGUCACUAAUGGAGAUGGGAUUGACUCUCCUGGUCUUCUGUUUCUUGUUGAAGCUCUGGUUCGUGAAGGCCUCUGUAAUGUCCAUGUUUGCGCUCCUCAAUCGGACAAAUCGGUAUCCAGUCAUUCUGUGACUUUACAAGAAACAAUUGCUGCAACUUCUGCUGAAAUUAAUGGUGCCGUAGCUUAUGAAAUUUCAGGGACUCCAGUGGAUUGUGUCUCAUUGGCAUUGUCUGGCGCACUGUUUUCAUGGUCAAAACCUUUGCUGGUAAUUAGUGGAAUUAACCGGGGAUCAAACUGUGGCUAUCAUAUGUUUUAUUCGGGUGUUGUUGCUGGAGCUAGAGAAGCAUUAAUUUGUGGUGUCCCAUCCCUAUCAAUAUCACUGAAUUGGAAGAAGGAUGAAAGCCAAGAUAGUGAUUUUAAGGAUGCAGUUGCUGUCUGUUUGCCAGUAAUAAAUGCUGCCAUCAGAGAUAUUGAAAAGGGGUUUUUUCCACAGAGCUGCUCUCUGAAUAUUGAAAUCCCCACAUCUCCAUCUACAAACAAGGGCUUCAAACUAACUAGGAGAAGUAUGUGGAGAUCCUCACCUAGCUGGCAAGCUGUUUCAGCUAAUCGGCAUCCUUCAGCUGGACAUUUCAUGUCUAAUCAACAAAGUCUUGGCCUACAGCUUGCACAGCUUAGUAGAGAUGCUUCUGCUGCUGGUGCAGCUCGCCGUCUGACCACACAGAGGAAGAACAUGGUAGAGAUUGAAUCAGUUGGGGCUGCUGGAAAAUCUGAUAGCAACCGGGUGAAAAAGUAUUUUCGAAUGGAGUUUCUGGACAAGGAGCAGGAGGAUACAGACGAGGAUCUGGAUUUUAGAGCACUCGAAAAUGGAUUUGUUGCAAUAACUCCCCUAUCACUUUCUAUCGAAGAGGAUGCUCACUUAGCAGCCUCAGAUUGGAUCUCUUCCACGCUUCAUGCUGACCAAUAAAAGCCUCCUCUCCCCAUUCAUCUAGUCGAUUAUCUUGUAUACUUUUGCAGGCGCGAUUGUGUUAAUUAGUGAUCAAUCACAUUAUUGUAUUUCUUUUUCUUCAAUUACCUUUCUUUUUUGGUGGGGUUGGGUUGUUUGCAUUUGUAGUUGUUAAAAGAAAUGUAAUUUAAAAUGGCCAGGUCUUAAUUACAUGACCUUGUCUUUUCCACUAAUUGUGAUUUCGGGAUUUGUAUCUUCUAUUUAUUUCUCAAAGCUGCUUUGUGAUUGUGACAUUAGAGGGUGAUAUUGCAAAUGAUUGGAUUCUUUGUUGUUGUU